UUCGCUACCCGUCGCGGUUUUUAAUCGUUAUAAAAAGCACCAAAAUGGCAUUAAAAAGAAUAACCAAAGAACUUGUAGACUUGGGUAGAGAUCCUCCAGCACAGUGUUCGGCCGGUCCCGUUGGUGAGGACCUAUUUCAAUGGCAGGCAACGAUUAUGGGUCCGACGGAAAGUCCGUACCAAGGCGGUGUUUUUUUUUUGACCAUACACUUCCCAACGGAUUACCCCUUUAAACCACCCAAGGUGGCGUUCACUACGCGGAUUUACCAUCCCAACGUCAACAGUAAUGGAUCGAUUUGCCUCGACAUUCUACGUUCGCAAUGGUCGCCGGCGCUAACAAUCUCGAAAGUGUUGCUGUCGAUCUGUUCCCUGCUGUGCGACCCAAAUCCAGACGACCCACUGGUGCCCGAGAUCGCCCGAAUGUACAAAACGGAUGCAGCAAAAUACAACGAGUUGGCUCGCGAAUGGACACGAAAGUAUGCGAUGUGAUGCGCCCUAACCUCCAAUCACUGUCAGCAGCAGCAACCGUGGCAUACGGAAAACAACAGCAGCAACUUCGAAAGAAAACUUCUCAUAAAAUACAGUGGCUCCGGGCGGAAUAGUCGCAGGCCCUUCAACACCGUUUUGGCCAAUCCUAUCGUUUUCAUCUAACGUUCAGCGACAGCGCUAGUGAAAUAAAACUGU